ACUGGUGACGACGAGUUACGUACGACUCUCUCCCUCCGUGAUAAUUCACCAUGAAGCUCUCUUUUCAAAUCCCUUGCAAAUCCAAAUCCGGAUCCAGAGUUAGGUUGAAUUCCGACAGGAAUGACGGCGUCGGUGUAGGAAAUCUCAAGGAGUUCGUCACUGAAUUCGAUCCUUCCGAAACCCUAAACCACGCCAAACCGAAAUACGUAAUACCUCCCAUUGAGGACCGUCGGAGGCCCUACAAGAACAUCGAUCUCCCGCCUCAGUCCGCUUCUGGUCUCCAAUUCGAGGCCGAGGUUCCCUCUGUCGAUGGCCAUGUCUCCAAUAACAUUUCGUACGGUCUAAAUCUGCGUCAGAAAAUCGAGGCUUCGAAGCCAGAGCCUGUGGAGCAGAUGUUACUGAAAAGCAUGAGGAAAGAUUUGGAGUCACUCCCUGAUGCUCCUGAACUAGAGGACUUCGAGAGCUUUCCUGUGGAUGGCUUUGGAGAAGCGUUACUGGCUGGCUAUGGCUGGAAACCAGGCCAGGGAAUAGGCCUUAAAGCUAAAGAGGAUGUUAAGAUCGUUGAAUACAAGAAGUGGUCUGGUAAUGAAGGUUUUGGCUUCACUCUGGAUAAUCCCAAGGUUAAGGAUACCACCAAGGCUAAAGCCAAAGAAAGUGGUAAAGGCGGAGACGUAUCUUCUGCUGCAAAAGAGGUGAGAACUAUCGCUGGUAGAGAAAUACUUGGUUCCGGAAGCCAGCAGGAAGUAAAAGUAGGUAUCAGUGAAAUUGAAAAUGUGGAGAGAUGUAGAGUAGUGAGUAAACGCAGUAGAGAAACAGAGAGAGAGAGUCGCUCUGAAGUUAGAACCUGUAAGCAGAACUGUAGAGGUCAAACUAGAGAGGCGAGAGAGGAGGCCUCAUGGCUUAGAAGUCAUAUAAGGGUGAGAAUAGUAAGCAAGGAUUUGAAAGGUGGGAGAUUGUAUCUUAAAAAGGGAGUGGUGACGGAUGUUGUUGGGCCGACAACUUGUGAUAUCACUAUGGAUGAGACGCAGGAGUUGGUUCAAGGGAUCGACCAGAAGUUGCUAGAGACAGCAUUGCCCAGGCGAGGAGGGCGGGUGUUGGUUCUAUCGGGUAGACAUAAGAGUUGUUUUGGGAGUCUUGUUGACAAAGAUUUGGUUAAGGAAACUGGUGUGGUUUGCGAUGCAGAUAGCCAGGAGAUGCUUGAUGUUAAACUUGAACAAGUCGCCGAGUACAUGGGCGAUCCAGCUGAUAUUGGGUACUGAGCCAUAUUUAACUGAAACUCAGGUGUCAAGGCGACAUUGUUGGCAUUCAAUUGGCUGCGUAGAGAAGACACAAUCUAGCUUGUUGCCUAUAUAUUAUGCAAGUUCAAGUUGGGUAAACUUUUGGACCUGCUAAGUUACAAAGGUUAGGUUUAUAUUAUAUUAUUUGAUGAACCAUAUAUUUCUCUUUAUUGUGGCAUGAAAAAGUACUUGAAAAUUCUGGUGGGAGAGAGCUAUGAAUAAGUUAUUACUUCACAUGUGUAAUGUACUCAUGAUUUUUCUGAUGAAAACAGCAAGCAGUAAGAUGCAGAGGUAUUAGCUCAGCGAGCUACAUUUCCCCUUA